AAUGACUCCCCUUGCAGUUAACGCGCUUCAGCUGGCUUAAAUACCCCCUCUCAGCUUGCUCGGAGGUUGAUCAUUCCUUGUCGUCCUAGCACCCAGGACCCUGGCGUUCUUGAACGUUGUGGCCUCGAGGUGAUCUAAACGUGACAGCCAAUUGCGGCGACCUAUCAUUUCGCCCACGACCAGGCUAGCACCACUUGGCUCUCGCCAUUAUUGUGCCCAGAAACCAUUGUUAUUGUCGACAUUGGUUUGUACCUUGACCCCAUCACCUUGAUUCCAGCACUUUCGCCGCCCUACCAGAUAAUUCGACUCAACUAACAGCCAGCCCGUUCUCAGUCCCGGUUACGUUUAGACCUCACGACCGCCCAUAUCCUUUCUAUCUUUAUUCGCUCUCACCACCUCGCUCCUCCAUCGAGCCCUAUUAAGGGAUUCGGCCCAUCGGGUAGAAGUCCUCAUUCCACUAAUCCCUCGUCACUUUCGUCAUUGGGUCCAUAUAACCUCCCUGGCCUGCACCCGUUCUCCAUCGCCACCAGAUCGAUCGACAACCUUCUUCACCUUCCGUGCAUCAUAUAAGUCGCCUGACAACAUCCUCCUAGACCCUGCAACCUCCGCUCACCGCAACACGUUUCUGAUUCAUAUCCACCAAGCCCACACAGGUUCGGCGUAAAUAUACCGACCUAGUAUAUCUGCCAACACCCGGAUCCGGAGCACCAUCUAGACUUCACCCACCUUUCUUCGCCCUCCUACUACCAUGACCGAGUACGACUUUUCCCCUGGCGCUUGGCAAGCUCAUUUGGCAAAGCAAGCGCAAAUCGACAAAUGGAGACGUAACAACGCCAACUUCCAACCCACCAAUCCCUUCUUGCCCACAUCGACUGCACGCGACGACAGUGACUUCUACAAGUCUUCCAAGAAGAAGAAAUCGAAGAAGGGCAAGAGUAGAGCACACGACGGGGAUGACAGCGACGCGAGCGACUAUUCCGGGCCCGAUCGUCCACCUACACCCCCUGCCAGCGCACCUGUCGGUUAUGGAGGCGUGUUCCCAUUCCAAAUGGGACCGAUGGGGUAUCCCCACGUUCAAGCCUACCAAGGCCUAUCCUCAGCCCCUGUACAACCUCGACAAUCGCAUCCUCCAGCUCCAGGGUACCAGUUCAUCCAAAACGGUACGCCACUGGUACCUCAAUGGACGGGCACAUGUUGGGUCUACCAGGCGCCGGCCAGUACCUCAACUACACACGUAGCGAGCAGCGGAAGCAGUCAUCGUAGCAGCCGGAAACAUCGUCGAAAGAAGAGCCUGCCGACUCCACUCCCUUUGCCUAUGAUCCCCGCUGCAGUACCGAUGUACGGCUACUUCCAGGCUCCCCAGCAGGCAGGCCAGCGCGGUCCAUAUUCGGGUUCCGUCCCCGCUAUGUCCACGUCCGCCAUGUACCUCCCUUCUGGACACACAUCGCCUGCUUCGGGUGGCUAUACGACCCUUCCUCAGAGCGCGGGAGUCUACCCGAUGCAGAUGCCUGUGCCCCAGAUACACGGUCAGUCGGCGGGAGGCUAUACUGUGAAGCCUUCCAAUGCCAGCGCCUCUUCAUAUCCCUAUGGAACGAUCAUAGUCGACGGGAAGCGGGACAGCCAACGAUCGUCGUCCGGUUCUAGUUUCUUUGGGCGGCUAAGGAAGAAGAAAUAG